UCCUACCCCCUGCCCCGCCCCGCUUUCCUCCCUCCCUCUUUCUCUUUAAUCGCACAUUCCACAAACAUUCAAGAAGCUGCAAAGCUGAAAGUGACAAAGCUGAACGCGCUCUCGGCAGGGAAAGGAUAAUCAAUUAGCCAAACAACAAGGCAGUGAAAGGCAAGUCCCCGAUUCAACCAGAAAGAAAGCAGCCCACUUUUUAAAACCUCUGUUACAGACAAUAUAGACGGCUGUGUUCUUCAGUCUUGCUCUGGAUGAGGAAAUAAUUUCUGGAGCAUUUUGUGUGGGUCUCAGUUCCUGCGGGGGUUUCAAGAGGAUGUGAACUACCACCACCGUGAAAUCUGCAUGAGUCCCUGACAUACCAGCGGAUUUGUUUAUGGAGCUUUGGGCACGGGCCAGGCCAGCUCCUCAGUGCUGCUCCGGCUUCACUGGCGAUGGUGCUGCCCGCGGGCCAGGGAGGCGCCCGGCUGCCCCGCAGCGGCUGACCCAGGAGGAGGAGGAGCAGGCGGCUUCCCCCGCGAGCGCCCAGGCUCAGUACUAUGGCUGUGUACUGCUAUGCGCUCAAUAGCCUGGUGAUGAUGAAUAGCAGCCAGGAGGCAAAGAGCGGUGGUAGCGGGAGCAAGUCGCCCCCUCCCCGGGGGCAGGUGCUGCAGGUCCCGGAGCGGCACAGUGCCUGUUACCUGCUCAGCCCAGGCACUGGGAGCCCCCGCUGGCACCGAAGGAGCUCAGCCUUCCUUUUCCCCCCCGGGGAGCAGCUGCCACCGGAGGAAUCCGGGAGCACCGGGAGGCUCAGCAGCCCGAGCCCAGGGGGAAGGGAAGAACCAUCAGCACCUCGCCAGCGGGAGCUGCAGCAUGUGCAAGUGAACGAGAAAGUGGGGCUCUUCGAGGCGCAUAUCCAGGCACACAGCUCCACCGCCAGGUCACCAUCCCCCAUGUGGCUCUGCAGCCCGCCCCCCGGUGGAGCCCCAGGGGAGGUGCCCGGGCCAGAGGAGAACAAAGUCCUGGCAAGCCCCUCACCCUGGCCAGAGGCAGAGCGCGGGGGUGGCGUAGGACUGGCUCUGGGAGAGACGGGGAGGGGGAGUGAGCACGCCAGGGUGCAGGUGUCUGGGGAGAUGGGGCGGGGGUGCGGGUUCACCGGAGGGCAGGAGCCGGGGCACUGCGAGGCACAGAGCACAGGGGAGAUGGAGCGGGGGAGCAGGACCCUGGGGGCACAUGGCACAGAGGAGGUGGCGAGGAGCGGCGGGGCACUGGCGCAGAAGAGGAGUGGGGCUUGUGAACUGCCGGGACCCGAGGAGCGGGGCAAGUGGAGCGGGCCCCCACGGGCGCAGAAGACGGCGGUGAUGGAGAGGAGGGGCAGUGGCAUACAAAGCUCAGAAGUGCUGGAGAGCUGGGCGGAGAUUCACACAGCACGGGGCUCGGAAGUGAUGGAGACGAGGAGAGAAUCCAGUGAAACGCUGGGCUGGGGGGUGAUGGAGCAAGGAGCUGGGACGCACAGCGGGCAGGGCACAGGGGUGAUGGAGCAGGGCAGCGAGUCCUUAGAAAUUCAGGGUUCCGCCUCACCAGAGGAAGGGAGCGAGAGUUGCGGAUCACGGGGCUCGGACUCUUCAGCUGCUCCGGAGCAAGGAAGGAGUGAAGAGCAGCAACGGCCCCCUAAGCCUGGCUACUGGGGGGAGCUCGGGCGCACCCCAGCCUGGACCGGUUCUGCUGAGCUGUGCCCAGCGUCUGGGAGCUCCUUGGGAGCAGAGGAUCAAGUCUGUGCCCGGCUGCAGCAGGACCACCCUGGAGACCCUCAGCUGCUGGGGAUAGAGGCACGCACAGGACAAAACGGGAAACCCUCGGGGGAGGGCUGCUGCGGAAGCAGCAUCCCCGCUGUCAUCAUUACUGAUCUGGGAGGUCAGGAGGAGGAGGCCCAGGAGAAUCCCCGAGUGAACAUGCCCAUCAGGAAGCUGUCUUCCUCUUCGGCUUCUUCCACGGGCUUCUCCUCAUCCUGGGAGGAAUCGGAGGAGGACAUCUCCAGCGACCCCGAGCGCACCUUGGAUCAAAGCCAGGCCUUCCUGCAGACCCUGGACCAGCACAAACCCAGAGUGAGCAAGUCAUGGCGGAAGAUCAAAAAUAUGGUACACUGGUCCCCGUUCGUUAUGUCCUUCAAGAAAAAGUAUCCUUGGAUCCAACUAGCAGGGCAUGCAGGUAGUUUCAAGGCUGCAGCUAAUGGGCGAAUACUCAAGAAGCACUGUGAAUCUGAGCAGCGCUGCUUGGACCGCUUGAUGAAUGAUGUCCUUAAACCCUUUGUUCCUGCCUACCACGGGGACGUGGUGAAGGAUGGGGAGAGGUACAAUCAGAUGGAAGACCUGCUGGCUGAGUUUGACUCCCCCUGCGUUAUGGACUGCAAGAUGGGAGUCAGAACGUAUUUGGAGGAAGAGCUAACUAAGGCCAGAAAGAAGCCAAGCCUGCGGAAGGACAUGUAUCAGAAGAUGAUUGAAGUAGACCCUAAUGCCCCAACCGAGGAGGAGAAUGAACAGCAUGCAGUAACCAAGCCCCGAUACAUGCAGUGGAGAGAGACCAUUAGUUCAACAGCAACGCUGGGAUUCAGAAUCGAGGGGAUAAAGAAAGAAGAUGGCACAGUGAACCGGGAUUUCAAGAAGACACGAACAAAGGAACAGGUCACAGAAGCCUUCAGAGGAUUCACUAAAGGAAACCGAAACGUUUUGAACGGUUACCUUAAUCGGCUGAAGGGGAUCCGUGCCACCCUGGAAACAUCUCCAUUCUUUAAAUGCCAUGAGGUAAUUGGUAGCUCCCUCCUCUUCAUUCAUGACCAAAGGGAACAGGCCAAAGUGUGGAUGAUCGACUUUGGGAAGACCACACCACUGCCAGAGGGACAGUUGCUCCAGCACAACGUGCCGUGGGUGGAAGGGAACAGAGAGGAUGGCUACCUCUGGGGGCUGGACAACCUCAUUGAGAUCCUGACAGAAUUGUCACAGAGCGAGGACCUGCAUUAAAGCCAUAUGUCCAACUCCACCACUACCCAGAAUCCUGCCCCUCAAACUGACUCUUCUGAACUGCACUACAAGACACUUUCCAACCCCGUGCCCAUUUUAAAGCUAUCACUCCCCUAUUUAAGGUGGUUUUUAGUUUUGUACAUAUGUAGAUCACCUGCCAGAACAAACAUUGAGCUUGACACACUGGCUUUGCUCAGUAGACAGGAGCAGAUCGUGCCGCUCAUUGUGGGUGCCAGAGCAGUGAGCCACUGUGGUCUGGUUGGCAAAUGCAUGCUCUUUCCAUAGCAUUUCUGGCUCUUAGUCAAUCUCGUUUUAACAUGAAUUUGCUUAGUGAGCAGUUGUGCAGCUGCGGGAAGAUGGUGUCCCAAUGCUGAGCUCUGUUGCUCCUGAACUGUGUAAUUAAAGCCCUUUAGGCUAAGUGAGCUACAGAACUUGUUCAUCUGUAAGGAUCAUCCGUCCUCUAGUGGCUGGUGUUGGU